AAAAUUUCAAAAUUAACAAUUAAUUUUCGACGCCAAUCACAAGUAAAGUGUUUUUUUUUUAUUUUAUGUUGGGUUAGGAAGGAAUAAUUAUUCGCCCUUAGCCUAUAGACAUGGCUCGUUGCAAUGAAAAUUUGGAAUUAACUAGAUUCUUUGAUAAUGACAACAGCGUUGGUGUGCGGUUGGCAGAACAUCUUCGAAAGGAUUGUGGACGCGUAGCAUCACGCCCAUAUAUUGCGUUUCCGAGCUUAGAGGGAGAACGAUUAAGUACGAGUAGCUUGGAAAUUCUUUUAGGCAGACCUUCUAAUAAUGACGUUGACGUCUUUGUGGAACCUCUGCAGCGAACAGAAAGCAAAAAUGCAGGAAAAAGUCAUGAUUUAAAAAAACAAAAAAAGCAUCAAACACGCGCCAGCCAAAAGAUAUAUAUGGAGAUAUAUAAUGGAGCCCCACCCAUAGAGAAUGUCGAAAAUCAAUCGCCGAUUCCAAUUACUGACUCCAGAGACUCUGAUGGGUCGUCACUUCCACAUCAUCCAAAAUGUUUUACUCCUCGGACUUCUGCUUCACGUAAAAGUAUUGAAGUGCCUCCGGCUGACCAUUUGAGACGUCUAAGUCUUAAACGCUUAUCUAAAAUAAGUAGUAGUCGUCGGACUUUAUUGCAAGAAUUUGAAAGCACCGUGCCAGACGUUAGUUUUAACCCGCGUAUAUUUAGUACCCCCAGAACCAGAAAAUCAAUCAAUGAUUGUGAAGAUGGUUUGAGUUUAAAUAAUUUGUCAGAAUCUUCUAAUCGUGCCAAGGAUGGACCAGACUUUUUUAAAAAACCCAUUCGCGAGAGUACAAAUUUGGAUUGGUCUGCAAUAGAACGCAUGGAUGAACAAUUAAAGGCUGUUUUGGCAUGCACAACCAACUCUGGUGAAACUGAACAUGAUAAGCAAAAUGAAAACUUACCAAUCAACAAGAAAUUCGGCGAAUCGGAAAAUAACAGUGAAAACGUUUUCAAUGUGGUACAUAGUGUGAAUCAGAUUUGCAAUAAAGUUAGCAAUUCGAGAAAAUCUGGCAAAGAAUUGGAAGUUUCAGAAGAGGUCGGGAAGGAGAAAAAAAAUGCGUCGUCAAAGAAGGAAAAUUCGGCAAAGUCUACGCCAUCGGAGGGAGUUAUCUCAAAAGCCAACCAACGUAAGUCGUGUAUGCAGACAGAUGCCAAUUUACCGCCAGAGCCAAAUAUAGAAGAAGACCGACCUGUAUCGGUGGAAACUCUUAACGAGCCAUCAAAGGAAGCGACCACAUGCAACAAAAAUCAAUCCUACACACAACCUCAAGAGGAGUCUUUGAAUGGCUGUAUCUAUGCCAAAGAACUGUCUGAUUUCGGAAAUAAUGAAAUUCUAGAUCUUCGCAAACGGAAAUCGAAUAAUCGUCGUAGUAGAAAAAGAAAUCUUGUUGAUCGAAUUAUUCUUGAACUUCCAGACCAAGAGCAGCAACAAGGAGAACAUGCGACGACGAUAAAUCGAUAUGUUGAGGUAGGCACUGUUCAAGAGCAGCAACAGGAAGGAGAAGUUGAAGAGAUAAGUAUGGGUGACGUGCAUAUUCUAUCAGUGCCAGAUGCCUUUCGCGAUUUUGCGGUUAAUACACAUAGUGAAAAUAAUGGUAUUGGUAAUAACAAUUUAUUAGUUGACGAGACUCCAGCCGAUCUUGUAUCAUUUAAGGAUUCCAAUACACAACAGACUAGACGUGCGAGAUCUACGAAAGGAUCGCCUAAUCUUCUGAAAAAGUAUCUAGAUUUACCUCGAAGAAUUUCUCUCCGCAAAAAAGCAAAUGCUUCGCGGCAAUCAACGCGACCACUCUACACCGAACCCAACUUAAACGAAGUGUUGGCAACUAACACGUCACAGCACGCUGAUAUUGCCUGCGUGAUUAGAGAACCUACAACCAAUUUACCUCCCGUACCGUCUCGGUCAGACAUACCUGAGAACAUUCCACCGCUCAGAGUAGUAUCAUCUCAUCAUGCAGAUAUGUCCGAUCGGUUUUUCAUUACUUCAGUUGAAACGGCCCCAUUAUUACAACCGCCGCAAGAAUUUGGUACAAAUACACGUGUCAGCGAUUCUUUUGCUAAUGUUACAGAUAAUACAGCCUUUCCAGAUGAGUUGAAUAUCAUAACAAAAGUUAAAGACCGAGGAAAUAGCCAAGAUGGAAAGAACGCAACGAUCGUUAAUAAAGAAAAACCGUUAGUCUCACUAAACGAUUCCGAAACCGUUUUCAAAAAACCCAAAGCAAGGGCGCCGCGAUUGAAAAACUCAAAAACAAAGGGUAAUGAAGUGACUUCAUCGGCUUUUGUUGAAAAAGAUAAACAUAUGACAAUUCAAUUAGAGGAGAGGAGAGAAGACAACGAAACAAAAAAACCGACACAUCCACCUAAUGGACGUGUCAAUAAAAAUGUUGUAAGUGCGGAAACACAAUCAGUGUUAAAGAAAUCACGGGAAAAACCACCGAGAUCAAGUAAAGCGAGAAAAUCCAAAAUGGUCUUAUCCACCAACCUGGAACAAACAAACAAUAGCGUCAGCUUGCGUAGAUCAAAACGGCAACCUGUACCAACGAAAGAACUUUAUUUUUUCGCCAAUAUGUACAACGAAGUCAUGGAGCGAAAUUAUAAAAGAAUGCAGAAAAGAAAAGAAAAUACUUCUCUGAAAGCUGAGAAAAUAAAAAAUGUUGUUCAAAAUUCUAACGACAGUAAUAGUUCGGGCGCUACCAAUAGCAGUCGACAGGCAGCAGUUGAAAAACCGGUUAUAAAGAAGACUGCAGCGAAAAAAACGAAGCUCAAAUUGGUCGAUGCAAUGAAGGAAGCAAAUCUAUCUACCAUACCGGAAAGCUGUCAUGAGAACAGUGUGAACGUCAGCCAUAUAAAUUUAAGACAGAAGCCCCCUAUCGAAUCUCUUAAUUUUAUAUUCGAUCAAUUGCGUGAUAACAGCAGAUUAUCAGAAAGCAAUCAAUUAACAUCAACAGUUAAUGUCUUUCCCGAUCAACCAAAAGAACAAAACAGGGAACCUCGUAAACUACGGGUCCGCUUGCGGAGAUUAAAUUGGAAUAAUAGAGAUCGAUGCGUUAAUAAUUGUACAACAACUACUAGUCCGCUGUCACCUCCUUCAACACCGUCGUUAACGUACAGUAAUAGCUCGUCCACUACAUUAGCCACUAGUGAAUUGAUAUCGUGGUUGAAAAAUGCUACUGGGAUUAGAAAUCCAUCCCGUGAAAUCUUUCGAGAUAUGCGUAUUUCCAAAAAAUCAAGUUUGUCAUUUAACGAAAUUCAAGGUGUAGAAUAUGCUUUCUAUGAUACCGAUGAUAAAACUUCGUUAGGCUAUUUACGUUUUAAACCAAAGCAAAUUAAACCUAAAAAAUGUGCAAAACGAUAUCAUUUACAUUUUAUUGUUUUGGAGAGCAACUUUUGCAUAUCAACCAAUUCAGAAAAAAUAUUAUUAAAACCUGGUGAUAUGGCAGCAAUAGAGAAAGGAACUCAUUAUGAUAUUGAAAAUUUAACCGACGAAAAGGGUAUCUUAAUGGUCAUUAAAAAAUGAGGAUUGUUAUAGUUCUUGAUUUUUUCAAUUUAUAUGCUUAACAUUUGUAAGAUUAAUAAUGAAAUA